AUGAACGAUUUCGAUGGCCUCUUCACCACCGAUUUCGGCCUCAAACCCAAGGGAAAAUCCGCGCCAAUGGCUCCUUCCUCCAAGGGAUCUUCCAACGCCGCGCCUCUCAACUUCGAUUUCGGAUCGCGAUCCGCCCCGAACUUCGACGAUCUCCUCGCCAGCGCCGGAUCCGACACUCGCCGCACCGAUUCCCCCUUCGAUUUGGAUUCCAUGUACGGCGGACCUCCCGCCCGCUCCUCCAGCUCCCCGCCGCCCGUCUACGACAAGCCUGUCUAUGACGACGACAUUUUCGACGGCGUCCCGGGGCUGAAGAGCACCUCCAAAGUUAAAUUCGACGAUGUUUUCGCCACGACAGAGAGCGGUGGAGGCAGCGCCGCGUUCGACGAUCUUCUCGGCGGGUUUGGGAAGGAACCGAAGAGUUCCGGUGGGAAGAGAUCGGAGAAGGAUGCUAAAGGUGCUUCCGAUUUCGAUGAUUUGCUUGCUGGAUUUGGGCACAGUAGGUCACCAUCUAGUGGAAGGCACACUACUGAUACUGGUUUCUUCACAGAACCAACUGCCAGUGCAUCUACAACAACCUCCACUGUGGCAGACGACCCUUUCAAAGUGUUUGAAUCAGCUUCGGCCCCAGGGGAUUCAUCCACAGGCAACUUUAUGGAGCCCUUGGAAGAAAUUAGUAAAUUUAGUAGUUCCGGAAGCACAAAACAUGAUAGUUCUUCAACUUCAAAUGGCAAAAUGCAUGAAGAUAUUGAUCCUUUUGAUGGUCUUGGAAAAUCUGUGCCAGCUUUCUCAUCAGAGAGAAAUAGCAGGAAGGGUAGCAGUUCCCCAAGGUUGAAUACAAACCCAAGUUGGACUGGAGAUAAAGAACCAGUUGAUAAGAUAUCUGGUAGGAGUCCUGAGAAACAUACACAAAACAAGAUUCCUGUCGAAAAUGAUAGGGAAUUUUCACAGGCCCCAUUUCAUAUGCCUACCUAUUCAUCUGAUUCUGAUAAACCAGUUGGCAAAAGGCCUACUUCCCCUCCAUACAAUAAUGUUGAUUUUAGACAAGCCAAUAUUCAGGCAGAUAUGCCUCCGAAAUAUGAAGAUAACUUGGAACCAAGUGAGGGUAUAUGGCUGACAGUAUCAGAGAUUCCACUUUUUACACAACCAACUACUGCCCCACCACCUUCAAGACCUCCUCCUCCACGGCCAGUGCAUAUUCCCAAGUCAGGAACAAGUUCACCAGUGUCUUCCAGUGCUAGAAAGAAGGAUAAUGAGUUUUCUUCUUUUCCUGGUUCCUCUCGAUUCUCCCAGGUUCCCAAGUCUUCUCCAGCUGCUGGAAGGGUAUCCCCUUCAUCUCAGUUUGAUGAACUUGAUGAUUUUGCCAUGGGCAGAAGUCAUGGUAAUGAUAACGAGGGUGGAAAUGGUCUUCCUGAUGAAGAAUUAGAAAUGAACUCUGCUGCUGCAGCUAUGAAGGAGGCAAUGGAUAGAGCUGAAGCUAAGUUUAGGCAUGCAAAGGAAGUUAGGGAGAGAGAAUAUUCAAAGUCUGCUAGAAGCAAAGAAGCUGUGCAAAUGGAUAAAGAUGAGAGAGCUGUGCUUGAGGAGAGAGAAAAACAGGAAAGGUUAGACCGUGAGCGGCAGCAAAAGGAGAGAGAGGAAAAGGAGCAAAGAAGACUAAUGAAAGAAAGAGAGGAGAAAGAAAAAGAACAACAGCGACUAGAGAGGGAGAAGGCACGACAGGCAGUAGAAAGAGCUACUAGAGAAGCACGAGAAAGAGCAGCUGCUGGAGCACGCCAAAGAGCUGAGAGGGCUGCUGUUGAGAAAGCUAAUGCUGAAGCUCGAGGACGUGCUGAAAGGGCUGCAGUGCAAAGGGCACAAGCAGAAGCACGAGAAAGGGCUGCUGCAUGGGCAAAAGAGAAAGCCGAAAAGGCUGCUGCUGAAGCAAAGGAGAGGGAAGCACAAGAAAGAGCUACAGCUGCAAGGGCUGAAGCAGAAGCACGAGUUAAAGCAGAACGUGCCUCUGUGGAAAGGGCUGCUGCUGAAGCCCGAGAAAGGGCUGCAGCUGCUGCUAGGAUGAACCAACAAAAGAAUGAAAAUGAUCUUGAAUCCUUCUUUGGCAUGGGUCGAGCUAGCAGUGCUCCAAGGCCUCCUAGGACUAACUCUUCAGACUCUGUAUUUGAAUCCCAGUUUCAGUCAGAUGCAACAAGGAAAUCGACAAGUGCAUCGACAAGUAUGAAGAAAGCAUCAUCAUCCACUAAUAUUGUUGAUGAUCUUUCCUCAAUUUUUGGAGCUGCUCCAUCAUCUGGAGAGUUCCAGGAAGUUGAAGGGGAAACUGAAGACAGGCGACGAGCCAGGUUGGAGCGCCAUCAAAGGACUAAGGAGCGUGCUGCAAAAGCAUUGGCUGAGAAGAAUGAGAGGGACUUGCAAACUCAAAGAGAACAAGCUGAGAGACAUAGGCUAGCUGAAACACUGGAUUUUGAAAUUAAGCGCUGGGCUGCAGGAAAAGAGGGGAAUCUACGAGCAUUGCUAUCCACCUUACAAUAUGUACUGUGGCCUGAAUGUGGAUGGCAGCCAGUUUCUUUGACUGAUUUGAUUACAGCUGCUGCUGUUAAAAAAGCCUAUAGGAAAGCUACGUUGUGUAUCCAUCCUGAUAAAGUGCAACAAAAGGGUGCCAAUCUACAGCAGAAAUAUGUUGCAGAGAAGGUGUUUGAUCUACUCAAGGAAGCCUGGAAUAAAUUCAAUUCUGAGGAGCUUUUCUAG